AUGAUAAUUUUAGAAUAUUCAUAUAUUUAGAUUCUCCUUCCAUUAAUUGUAGAAGGAGAAUUUUGGAAGAGGAUGCCAAACUAUAAGGAAUCUCUGAAAAUAUUUGUAUCCAUUUUGCAUAAUCUGUUUAUUGAGUCAUUUCAAAAUCUGCCUUCAGCAUAAUAGGAUAUAAUUCCUGAUGAUGUAUAUUUUUUAGUUAGUUAAAAAAAAGAAUUGGGUUCCAUUGUUCGAUUUUAGUAGAAACCCAAUAGAUGGAUUUUAUUAAUUGAUAAAUUGUAAGCAUCCUAAAUAUUCUUAUAACAAAGAUGGGGUUGUUUUGGGAUUAUAUAACAAAGUUGA